AUGAUGUUUAUGUUUGCAACUGUUGAGUUGUAUGGCAAGGCCAUGCAACUUUCUGUAAGACAGCUGGUGGAUUCGCAUCCACCUGGACAGCUGGUGGAUACGCCUCCACUAGGACAGCUGGUGGAUACGCCUCCACUAGGACAGCUGGUGGAUUCGCCUCCACUAGGACAGCUGGUGGAUACGCCUCCACCUGGACAGCUGGUGGAUUCGCCUCCACUAGGACAGCUGGUGGAUUCGCCUCCACUAGGACAGCUGUUGGAUACGCCUCCACCAGGACAGCUGGUGGAUACGCCUCCACCAGGACAGCUGGUGGAUACGCCUCCACUAGGACAGCUGGUGGAUUCGCCUAUACUAGGACAGCUGGUGGAUACGCCUCCACUAGGACAGCUGGUGGAUACGCCUCCACUAGGACAGCUGGUGGAUUCGCCUCCACUAGGACAGCUGGUGGAUACGCCUCCACUAGGACAGCUGGUGGAUUCGCCUCCACUAGGACAGCUGGUGGAUUCGCCUCCACUAGGACAGCUGGUGGAUUCGCCUCCACUAGGACAGCUGGUGGAUUCGCCUCCACUAGGACAGCUGGUGGAUACGCCUCCACUAGGACAGCUGGUGGAUUCGCCUCCACUAGGACAGCUGGUGGAUACGCCUCCACUAGGACAGCUGGUGGAUUCGCCUCCACUAGGACAGCUGGUGGAUUCGCCUCCACUAGGACAGCUGGUGGAUACGCCUCCACUAGGACAGCUGGUGGAUACGCCUCCACCAGGACAGCUGGUGGAUACGCCUCCACCAGGACAGCUGGUGGAUACGCCUCCACUAGGACAGCUGGUGGAUACGCCUCCACUAGGACAGCUGGCGGAUACGCCUCCACUAGGACAGCUGGUGGAUAUGCCUCCACUAGGACAGCUGGUGGAUAUGCCUCCACCAGGACAGCUGGUGUAUACGCCUCCACCAGGACAGCUGGUGUAUACGCCUCCACCAGGACAGCUGGUGGAUACGCCUCCACUAGGACAGCUGGUGGAUACGCCUCCACCAGGACAGCUGGUGGAUAUGCCUCCACCAGGACAGCUGGUGUAUACGCCUCCACCAGGACAGCUGGUGGAUACGCCUCCACUAGGACAGCUGGUGGAUACGCCUCCACCAGGACAGCUGGUGGAUACGCCUCCACCAGGACAGCUGGUGGAUACCAUUACUGAAUAA